AUGUACGACCAGGCCGACUUCUCGCACCCAGUUUUCAUGCGAAACCUGCCGCCACCUCUUCCCGCCAAGGCAACCGUCGGCUCGCCAACCAACACCGGAUGGUUCGUGCUGUUUGUCGAUGCCAUCGAUAUUGGGUUCCACCCUGUUGGUGAUUAUAUUGGGUUCCACCCUGUUGGUGAUUAUGUUGGGUUCCACCCUGUUGGUGAUUAUAUUGGGUUCCACCCUGUUGGUGAUUAUGUUGGGUUCCACCCUGUUGGUGAUUACCGCGGCCGGCGCCGGAACGGCAGGCGUGUCAAAAUCUUCACCGAGAAAGAUGUCCGGGUCGGCGAGUCGCUGGUGCAGCACGCCGAUCUUCCCCAUGGAGGUAUUGGCUUCCCGCCAACAAAGAUGCCCGCCUCACGCCGCCGCAAAACUGCCCUCUGGUGGCACUGCUCGGAGGACGAGUGGUACGAGCGGUCGAUUGCACACUGGUCCGCGUGCGACGACGUGCUUGGCGGCUGCGGGUCGGUGGACGGGGUCGACCUGUCCGGCUCACUGCACUUCCUCCGUGCGGCGCUCGGAGGCGAAACGGCGCCUGCGGGCUCACUCGCGCUUGACCUGGGCGCGGGCUCGGGCCGCGUGAGUGGUGGCGUACUCCUCAAGGUUUUCGAGCGGGCUGCGCGCACAGCGCUGUGCGACGACUCUUCGCGGCUUGACUUCACGCUGGCCAGCCUGCGAGAGUUUGUCCCGCCAGCUGGCACGUACGACGCCAUCUGGGCGCAGUGGAUCCUCGGGCAUCUGACGGACCACAGCGUUGUGCGGCUGCUCGCUGCCUGCCACGGCGCCGUCCGCCCGGGCGCGCUCGCACGCCGCGGACUCGUGGUGGUCAAGGAGAACACGGCGCCGCCAAAGAAGUGCCGCGAGGGCCGCGGCAACUACAUGCUUGACGCCGAGAACGCGGCGGUGCUGCGGACGCACGCCCACCACAUGGCCCUCUUCCGGCGAGCUGGGUACCGUGUGGUCAAGUCCACCCGACAGGCCGACUUCCCGAGCGACAUCUACCCCGUGCGCAUGUACUUGCUCGCGCCACGAGUGAGCGCCACGUGA